CAUUCUGAUUGGGCCGCUGUCUUCCGUCCGCGUUUCCUCCUCCUCCUCCCGCCUCUUCGUUGAGGGGAAGGCGGCUUCUGAUUGGUCAGGCCUUUUAAGAGCCGCGUCCCCCCUUCGAAGGGGAUUGGGUGGUGUCUUUUUCUCUCUUUUUUUCCCCCCUCUAUUUUUUGUUAUGAUGUUUUAAAGUCCCGCCCCCUCCUCCGCUGAGGCGAGACGCUUUCGGAUUGGCCGGCGCUCAAAGGAAAAGGGCGGGGCGAGGAGCUACAAGGGAGGCAGAGGAGCAUGGCCCCCACCAAAAAGGGCAAAAGGAAGAAAGCAGGAAAGCAGAACAGAAAGACUGCGCCAGAUGAUGAACUGCACAGGAAGACAAUGCUGGAAGUGGACACUCUCAAGCAGCACCUUGUUCUUCAGAGAGAUAUUGCCAGGCGAGCAAUGAGUGACAGCGAAAGACUGAAGCAGAGGCUGGCUGAUCUGGAGGAAGAACUGGAGAGGGCUCAAGGAGACAAAAAAGAUAUUUAUGAAGAGAUGAUCCGCCAGUACCAGCACCUUCAGCGCCAGACAGAGACUCAAAUACAGCGGCUAGAAACAGAAAAUCGGAACUUGCAGGAAAAGCUUGCUGCUUGCCAGGAGGAAGCGCAGCAAAGUCGGGCAGACAGAGCAGAGAUACUGGAGGAGAAGCACACCACCCUUGCCGAGAUGCAGCACAAAAUGGAUCAGAUGGAAACGGAAUAUGAAAAAAUACUCCACGCUAGCCUGGAUCGUGUUGUUUCCAAGCUGCAAACCGCCAAGAUCAGCUGGGAGAAGGAGGCUACGGCCAUCCAUCUGGAGUAUAAAGACCAGCUGAAGGAAUUUGGGCUCAACCCGCUGGAGUUCUGAAAGUGCUUUUAUACAACUGAUCUUCCUCCUGUGCAGCCCAGUUUAAUAUUAUCGAUUAACCUGAACUCUGGGAUUGGGUCUUGAAUUUCAGGAGGAGGAGGAGGAAGAAUAAUAAAGCGUGGUGGUGGACCUUGAGUGGAUGCAGAGUGGUUUGUUUGUUUGUUUGUUUUUUGUGAUUGUCCUGGCCAUCCCCGGACAGGGUGAUGUAGUGGUGAG